AUGUAGAAGAGCACUUUUAAUUAUGAAUUAAUUCCUGAAUAUAGUCAAUCACUUCAAAAUUAUUGUUAUGCUAAAGCAAUCAAUCACAACAACACUUAUCUGUUAACAUCUGAUGAAUAAAGAAUCAAACUAUUUUAAUUUUCAAAAAAUGGACUCAAACUAAUGCAAAUAUUAAAUAAGCAUUAAUCGUUAGUUUAUACUCUUAAUUUUAUGAAGGGAAGAUAGUAAUUUGUGUCUGGUUCACUUGAUUCUUCCAUCGUAAUUUGGUCAGAAAUUAGUAUAUCCAAUCCUAAAUAUCUCAUAAAACUUAAUUAGCACUAAGAUUCAGUUAGAUGUCUUCAUUAUAGCUCACAUUUUAAAAAUUUAAUUGUUAGUGGAUCAGAUGAUCAUACUAUAAAAUUUUGGUAUCAUUUUAGUUCUUGUUCAUCAUGGUCUUGUUAAUAGACAAUUAAUGAACAUGAUGAUGCGGUUUAUGGAUUAUCGAUGAAUGAAGCAGGAACUACACUUAUUUCUUGUAGUUCAGACAAGCACAUAUUGGUUAUGAAUAGAGAGAAUUCUAAUCUUAAAUAUUGGAAUGUCAUACAAAAAAUUAGUGUAAAAAAAUGGGGUCUACGGAUUUGUUUUAUCACAAGUAAAAUGUUUAUCUUCUUACCUAAUAAUAAUGGAGAACAGUGGAAGGGUGGAAAGGCUCUCCACAUAUACACAUUAAACAAAGAUAAUAGUAAAUUCAGAAAAAGAGAAGAAUAUAUAAUUAAAGGAGGAGGACAAUUUUGUGAUGCUGAAUUUCCAGCACUUUUUGUUCAAUCGAAAUAAAUACUUCUUCUAAAAAAUGGAUGA